GGAGGAGCACUGGGAAUACUGGGAAUACUGCCACGUCAACCUGCUGCUGACUGAUCACAUUGUGAGUUUUACAACAGAAAUCAGCCCAGAGAGCUCAAAGUGAAAGUAACUUUGAGGGAACUUUGCAGAGGAGGCAGCGGCACCACGGCUGACUGCGCUCACUUCCUGUUUGAACCGUCUGCCUGGUGAGUUUUUUAAUCUUCACUCAGAGGCGAACAUGUCCUCCACAUCAGAGGAGAAUCUCUCCUGUCCGGUCUGCUAUGACAUCUUCAAAGAUCCCGUCGUGCUGUCGUGCAGCCACAGCUUCUGCAAAGCCUGCCUGCAGAGAUGGUGGACGGAGAAACAGGAGCACGAGUGUCCGGUUUGCAAGAGGAGAUCUUCAAAGGAUCAUCCGCCUCGUAACUUGGUGCUGAGGAACCUGUGUGAGGCCUUCCUGCUGGAGAGAGACCGCCGAGCUUCUGCCGGCUCGGAGAUUCGCUGCAGCCUGCACGCCGAGAAACUCAGCCUCUUCUGCCUGGACCACCAGAGGCCGGUGUGUCUCGUCUGUCGAGACUCGGAAAAACACCGCAACCACAGGUUCAGGCCGAUCGACGAAGCGGCACGCAGUCGCAAGAAGGAGCUUCAGGAGUCGCUGGCGCCCUUGCAGGAGAAACUGGAGCUCUUCAAUGAGGUUAAAGGAAACUGCGAUCGAACGGCGGCGCAUAUAAAGACCCAGGCCCGGCGCACGGAGAGGCAGAUCAAGGAGGAGUUUAGGAAGCUUCACCGGUUCCUCCAAGAGGAAGAGGAGGCCAGGAUCGCCGCGCUGAGGGAGGAGGAGGCGCAGAAGAGCCGGACGAUGAAGGAGAAGAGGGACGAUCUGAGCAGAGAGAUAGAGGCCCUGUCAGAGACAAUCCGAGCCGUAGAGGCGGAUCUGAGGGCUGACGACGUUUCGUUCCUGCAGAAAUUCAAGGCCACAGCGGGAAGAAUCCGGCGCCCCCCGCUGGAGGAUCCACAGCCGCUCUCGGGAGCUCUGAUAGACGAGGCCAAACACCUGGGCAACCUGAGCUUCACCGUCUGGGACAAGAUGAGGGAGGCGGUCUCCUACUCUCCCGUGGUUCUGGACCCCAACACGGCCGAUACAGAGUUCACCUUGUCCAGAGACCUGACCGGGGUGAGAUAUGGAGAGCAGCAGCCGCUUCCCGAAAACCCAGAGAGGUUCGACUCCUACUACCUCGUCCUGGGCUCCGAGGGCCUCAGCUCGGGGACGCACCGCUGGGACGUGGAGGUCGGAGACAACACCUACUGGCUACUGGGAGUGCUGGCGGAGUCCAUCCCGAGGAAGGGACAAAUGCGAUCCGGAUUAUGGGGAUUAUUGUUCCAUCACGGUGAAUACUGGGCACGCUUCUCGCCCAAUCCGGACGCCGCUCUCCGGGUGAAGACGAGGUUCCAGAGGAUCCGAGUUCAUCUGGACUGGGACAGAGGAAGGCUGGCGUUCUCUGAUCCCGACACGAACACGCACAUACACACCUUCAAACACACUUUCACCGAGACGAUGUUUCCAUACAUCAGCACCGCACAUGAAUUCCCACUGAGGAUUUUGCCCCUGAAGGUCUCUGUAGCGGUGGACCACCACAGUUAG